ACACACACACACACACACACACACACACACACACACACAACUUCGGACGGUAGCUUGUUAGCUUUUACAAACCCGUAUAGAUAUUACACGAUAAAAGUGUCACUGUUUAUAAUCGUUUUAAAUAGCCUAGUGUUCUUGUUUGAAUACUAGGAGAUGUAGCCGUUAUUCCGUUUACGUUAACGUUAACUCGCUCGGGGACCGAAUGUCGCUUCCCGCAGCCUGGCUGGGACGGUAGCGGAGGGAUUAGCUUACACAAGCGGGCUAUCUUACUCUAGCUAUGCUGAGACACGCUCAGGUCCACUGGUAGCUUAGCACAAACAUUAGCUCCUCUGCGAUUAGCAUUAGCUCCUCUCCGAUUAGCAAUAGCUCCUCUGCGAUUAGCAAUAGCUCCUCUGAGCUUAGCAUUAUUCACGAUAUCUGAACGACUUUUACGGCGUUUGUUCUCUCUGGAUAUUCACACUCUAGCUGGAUAUUUUAUAGCGUGCUAGUGCUGUAAGUCCUAUACAUUCUAAGCUAGCAGGGAUUUACUGCACCGCCCUUAACACGUUUCUGGUAUCUUGCCGGCAGGAUUUGGAAAGCUGACUGAGGGCUAUGUCUUCGGCAGCCACCGCACCCCCAUCCGUAGACAAGGUGGACGGCUUCUCAAGGAAGUCAGUCCGGAAAGCUAGGCAGAGGCGAUCACAGAGCUCAUCUCAGUUCAGAUCUCAGGACAAACCCAUCGAGCUAGUGCAGUUGCCGCUACUGAAAGAUGUGUCUGCCCAAGAGCAGCCAGAGUUGUUUCUAAAGAAGGUGCAGCAGUGCUGUACUCUCUUUGACUUCAUGGACACACUGUCUGACCUCAAGAUGAAGGAGUAUAAGCGCUCUACUUUGAAUGAGCUGGUGGACUAUGCCACAGUUAGUCGAGGUUACCUCACUGAACAGACUUAUCCAGAGGUUGUCAAAAUGGUGUCCUGUAACAUAUUACGGACACUCCCUCCCAGUGACAGCAAUGAGUUUGACCCAGAGGAGGAUGAGCCAACGUUGGAAGCCUCAUGGCCUCACUUGCAGCUCAUCUACGAGUUCUUCAUUCGCUUCUUGGAGAGUCAGGAAUUUCAGCCCAGCAUUGCCAAAAAAUACAUUGACCAGAAAUUUGUACUACAGCUUCUGGAGCUGUUUGACAGUGAGGACCCUCGUGAGAGGGACUGCCUGAAGACUGUCCUGCACAGAAUUUAUGGCAAGUUCCUCGGUCUCAGGGCCUUCAUCCGCAAACAGAUCAACAACAUUUUUCUAGGGUUUGUGUAUGAAACAGAGCACUUCAAUGGAGUGGCUGAGCUGUUGGAGAUCUUAGGAAGUAUCAUCAAUGGUUUUGCACUUCCUCUGAAAGCUGAACAUAAGCAGUUCCUGGUAAAAGUUUUACUGCCUCUGCAUUCAGCAAGAAGUCUGUCCCUCUUUCAUGCACAGCUGGCCUAUUGUAUUGUGCAAUUCCUAGAGAAAGAUCCCACGCUAACAGAACCUGUGAUAAGAGGCUUGUUAAAGUUCUGGCCGAAAACCUGCAGUCAGAAAGAGGUUAUGUUCCUCGGUGAGCUGGAGGAGAUCCUUGAUGUGAUUGAGCCCACACAGUUUGUCAAGGUCCAGGAGCCUUUGUUCAAGCAGAUUUCCAGAUGUGUUUCCAGCCCUCACUUUCAGGUGGCUGAGCGAGCCCUGUAUUACUGGAACAACGAAUACAUCAUGAGUCUGAUAGAAGAGAACUCCAGUAUCAUCCUGCCCAUUAUGUUUGCCAGUCUCUACAGGAUCUCCAAAGAGCACUGGAACCCAGCGAUAUCUGCUUUAAUCUAUAAUGUCCUAAAAGCAUUCAUGGAGAUGAACAGCGCACUGUUUGAUGAACUUGCUGCGACUUACAAAUCGGAACGUCAGAGGGAAAAGAAGAAGGAGAAAGAGCGGGAGGACUUGUGGAGGAAGCUAGAAGAGCUGGAGUUGAGGCGAGGAAUUCAGAACAGUGACGGCAUCAUUCCCACCUAAACAUGGAUGUAGCUCCAUCCCUGCAUCAAGCUCCAACCAAUGUUCUGCCACAGGGACGUCACAUGUUCACGCUCCUUGUGCAACGUACUUUACUGUACACUCCUGCAUUUGUUUAUCCGUUUUUCCCCACCAGCACUGUAAAAAUCUUUUCCACUCCGUUUCCUUUGACAAUGAUGCUAUACAAAAAAGAAAAGGACAAGUUGUGCUUAUCUUUGACAGGGACUGGGGUGGGAGGGGGGGUAGAAUUUAUAUUACACUCCUUGCCAUUUAAAAUAAACAAAUACAUUAAGGCAUAUAUCCUCAGAACCCUUUGCCUGAGAACAAUUUUUUUCCCCUUUCCGUCAAGAAAUGGCUCUCUAGCGUGUGGUCCCAAAGACUUCCCAUAAUACGUUUCUUUGUCCCAUGUUUCUUAUUUUAAAAAUUAAAAAAAAAAAAACCCCUCACGUUUUUAUGACCAUGUCCUGUAAAGGUGUGACUACUGUACUAGAGUCUUGAAAUGUCUCACACCUCACAAAGAUGUCAUAGCAAAGUCAGUCGACAAGAAAUUUCCAUAAUCACCUGCAUUAUUUUUCCAGGUUAUUUUUAAAAUGCGAUCUUCACAGUUCUUUGGUGUACAGACAGGAGUUGGUCUGGCACUGGUACCGUCAACGAGAAGCAAGACACAGUGCUUGCUAUCAUCUUAGUGAAGUACUUUCUUGAGAAUUUCAAAACCUGUCGAGAAUUUUAUUCUGGUGGUUCACUGCCUAGGAAGAAUUUACAAAGCAAAAGAUUUUCUGACACCAUUGAAGACUUUAAACUUUCUUGUAAAGCAGUGUUCAGAACUUGUUUCAUUCAGUGUAUUGAAAAGUUGAUUUGUGUCAACAUCUUAACCUGGACUCCAUAGGCGUAGGCAGCGCUGACGUCUCCUCUUUGGACUUUGGUUGAAUGCUCUUAAAAUAAUUUGGUUUAAGCUAGAUUGAUUUUAAUGGAGUGUUUGGAAUGAUAGCCUGCAUAUGUGGCGUAUUUCUGAAUGCUGAUCCAGUCUUAUUCCUCAACAGAAAUGCCAUCCACUAUAGUGGGUUAGGACUAAAGCACUUGGAGUUCGAGAGUUUGUUGUGUUCACAGAACUCACUAUCCUUGUUUUUAUUUUAUUCUGUUUUAUUUCAAAUUAAAAUCAUGGGUGUGGAUUUUACAUGUAAGGAAGAUGUAUUUUUUAUUGCUCUGUGGGCCUCUGUCCCUUUCAUCAAUCUUGUGUGAUUUUAUUUUUCUUUGGAUGGCCCUGUAAUGUUUGUUAAAACUUAAAGGAAAGGGUUUGAACAGAAUAAAUCUUAAUUAUUUUAAAAAAUACAGAGACAUUAAAUAAACCUGUUUUUGUGAUAAA